AUGCGUCGAAUUUCUCACAAGAAAUCGUGUAGUAUCAUGCAUACUGCAAAUGCAGCAACAGGCACAGAGAAUACCCCUGCCCUCAAAACCUCACUCUUUGUUUCUCCUUUCUCUCUUCAUCUCUUGCCAAUGGCUUCCAUCCCCACUCUUUCUCCUUCCCUACCCACACUUUCUCCUUCCCUACCCACACUUUCUCCUCACUCUUCACUCCAUUCAAACCCCAACCACUGCACUCUCCCUCUCACCUCUCUCUUUGGCACCAGGAUCACCCUCCAACGCGCCACCUCAUCGUCCCGUUCUCUACCCAACACCAAUUGCCGUGCUACGUCAGCAACAGUGUCGUUUAGCCUCCCCACCCCGAAACCUAUUUCUGAUGCGCCAGAGAAAACCCCAAAGUGGUCCGCGAGGGCUAUAAAAUCGUAUGCAAUGGCGGAGUUGGAAGCGAGGAGGAUAAAGUUUCCCAACACGGGAACCGAGACUCUUCUAAUGGGGAUUUUGAUUGAAGGAACAAGUCGAGCUGCCAAAUUUUUAAGAGCUAAUGGAAUUACUCUUUUCAAAGUACGAGAAGAAACAAUAAAGCUACUUGGGAAAUCUGACUUGUUUUAUUUCAGCCCUGAGCAUCCUCCUUUGACUGAACCAGCCCAGUCAGCCCUUGAUUGGGCAAUUGAGGAGAAAUUGAAGUCAGGAGAAGGAGGAGAAAUAAACGUGACACAUAUACUUCUAGGAAUUUGGUCACAAAAAGAAUCAGCAGGUCAACAGAUCAUGGCUGCUCUAGGUUUCAAUGAUGAAAAAGCCAAAGAACUUGCUAAAACAAUUGAUGGAGAUGUUGAUUUGAGUUUCAAAAGGCAAACAUGA